UAUAAUAAUAAAUAUUAUAAUUAGAAUAUAUAAAAAAUAUAAUAAUAUAUUGAUUACAAUGUCUCCAACGACCGACAUCUCUCAUUGCCAAGAUCAUAGCCGCCAAGUACUAUAAGAAUUGUUCUAUAUUGGAAGCUCGACUGGGAAGCAAACCAAGCUACACGUGGAGAAGCUUGCUCAGUGCACAAGACUUUCUGUGUGCCGGCCUUCGUUGGCGAGUGGGUAAAGGUGCCAAAGUGGAGAUUUGGGGGGACCAGUGGCUCCCUACAGAACUAGCUUUCGUCCCCUCAGCCCCGAGACAUCUCCCGGUGGACGCAAUAGUUCGAGACCCUAUCGACUCCGCAACGGAAAGCUGGGACCUUGAUUUGCUUCAUAAUUUCUUUCCUGAUCCGACUGUGCAUACUAUAAUGGUCAUCCCUCUUCGGGGGAGUGAGGAGCAAGAUCGCCUCGUAUGGCGUCAUAGUGAUGAUGGCCGUUAUUCUAUUAAGAGUGGGUAGAAGUAAUGGCUAGCGGGUUUUAUGCAGGAGGAGGGGAUUGGUCCACGGGGUGAUGAGAAAUUCUGGAAGGCUAUUUGGACCAUGAAAGUCCCUCCCAAAGUUCGUCAUUUUUUGUGGAAGUUCUCCAGGGAUAUUCUCCCAACAGGAGUGAAAGUGGUUACAAAGAACCCACAACGGAGUGAUGAAUGCCCGUUCUGCGACCAAAAGGAAACCCAACACCACCUGUUCCUCGAGUGCAGUUGGAGCAGCCAGAUAGGGAGAGGAUCACCGUGGGAAAGCGCGUUUACUGUGCAUGGAUCGUCGGACUGCAUGAAAUUGAUGGCGGAGGUGAUGAAGCAUGAGAGCUUGGACCUGGAGGAAUCGUGGGCUAUGGUACUAUGGGCGAUAUGGAAGGAAAAAAAUGCACAUCUAUUUAACGGCCCCAAAUGGCCAGAGGAUGAGAUUUUACAACGUGCACUUUCAAUUCUUGAUGACUACAGGAAGAACCAAGGCCCCGAGGAAGCAGUACCAGGCGACGCGUAGGAGGAACGUUGGGAGAGACCGGCGGAAUGGUGGAUCAAGAUCAAUACGGAUGCCAGACUUUUGGCUAAUGAUGGGAUAGGCCUGGGAGUAGUUUAUCGAGACCAUCGGGGGUGCUUUCUUGCUGCGGCAACGAAGAUGGUUCGUGGUUCCUUUGGAGUGGAAAUGGCAGAAGCGCUGGCGGCAGAGUUCGGAGUCCAAUUAACGCACCAGCUAGGUUUCCAUCGCUUUCAGCUUGAAUUGACAGCUUGACGUUGGUUGAGAAAGUAGUGCAGGCUCAAGAUGUGCAGACCGAGAUUGGAGUCAUCUGCAAGCGGAUUUCUCGUCUUCUACAGGAGCAGACUCCGUCCCCGGGAAGUGUUAAACAUGUAAGGCAAUCGGCGAAUAAUUCAGCACAUAUCAUGGCUCACUACGAGACUAGUUGGGAUAGCAAAGAAGUGUGGCUUGAUAAUCCACCUACUUUCCUUGUUGAUCAGUUACAGCUGUAUUAUGUAACAUUUUCCUCCGACUAAUUGAAUUACAAGUUACCCGUAAAAAAUAAAAAAAACAAUCGCACAAACCCUUUUGUUUCUUUAUUUCACAAGAAGUUGUUGAAAGUUGAAGCACCCUUUUGUAAAAGAAAACAAGUUGAAUGAC